AUGGCCUCGGACGACCUCAAAUCCAAAGCACUCGACUCCUCCCACGACUUCUACGACCUACUAAACACCUCAUCCACCGCCUCCGCCUCUGAAAUCCGCACAGCCUACCGCAAGACAUCCCGACUAUACCACCCAGACAAAGUCGGCCCCAACAACGUCGAAGCUCGAGAAAAGUUUGAGCUCGUCCAGAUAGCAGCCGAUGUGCUCAGUGAUCCGGCGGUACGCGAACUCUACGACAAUGCGAGACGGGCACGGCAUGAGAAGAAGGAGAGGGAGGCGGCGUUUGACGGGCGGAGGAAGUGGAUGAAGGAGGAUUUGGAGCGGAGGGAGGGUGGAGCUUUGAAGAGGAAGAGGGACGAGCGCGCGGCGGAGGAUGAGUUUGAGAGGGAGUUAGGGAGGAUUGCGGAGGAUACUAGAAGGCGGCGGAGGGAGAGGGAGGGUGAGCUGAGGAGGGAAGCUGAAAGCAUGGAUGUGAAAGAAGAGAAGACGGAAGAGGUGCGAGAAGGUCAGACACCGGCCCAGCAGAGCAACAACCCGUCUGAGAUGGAUCGAUCGGUGACUUUCCGGUACCCUUCACCUUCAGAACUCGACAAAGAUGCAGUGUCGCGGCUAUGGGGGCGCUUUGGUCCCGUAGAAGUCUGUGUGUUGCGUGAGAAGAAGAUCAAGAAGGAUGGCGAGAAGCACAGACAGCUCUACACAAUCGCCAUGCUCGUAUACAAGAGCAUAGUAGGAGCACAUGCAGCAGUGAGCGAUUUCUCGAAAGUACAAGCAGCAGAUGAAAGCCACGAUUGGAAGCAAUUCGAGGCAGUAGGCUGGGCAGCUGGACAAGAACCAGACUGCAUACCGAAGACUUUCAAUAGUUCCGAUCCGACUGCACAAACCGGAACACCACUUUCCACAGCUCGAGCAGAGGCCAUAGGACUCGGCAGCCAGGGAAGUACUGCCAAGGCUGCGACCAGCAACGACCAAGGUGCGGGCUCAAAGAGAGCGCCAAGCUUUGCGAGCUUCAAAAGUACCACAGCUGGUACGCCAAAGGGUGGAGAUAGUUAUUCGCUGGACGACAUUACAAUGAUACGACUCAAAAACGCUCAGAGGCGGCGAAUGGAGGAAGCGAUAAGAAAGGAGGAGGCCGGAGGUACCACCAACGAGUGA